AGUAAUAAAGCAUUCAGUAGAAAUUAUGCUUUAAAUUUUGAAUUUAUAUAUCCUGGGCUAUCAAUAAUGUGAUAUGCUCCCUCUCUUACAGUGCUGGGCAGGGGCAAGAGCCAUAGCUCCUGGUCAACCUAGUGAUUACAAAGGAAAACCACUGAUGCUCUAUAGUGUUUUAUGUUGCUAAAUUGUGGUGUUUAAUAAUGUAAGUGGAUUAAGUUUAUGAUUUUUUUUAAAGAGAGAGAGAAUUUUUUUUUUUAACAUUUGUUUUUUAGUUUUCGGUGGACACAACAUAUUUGUUUGUAUGUGGUGUUGAGGAUCGAACCCGGCCGCACACAUGCCAGGCCAGCGCGCUACCGCUUGAGCCACAUCCCCAGCCCCUAAGUUUAUGAUGUUUUUAACAAUGGUUUUAUUGGAAUGUGACCCAUCAUAAGUCAAGGUACAUCUGUGCAGUCUAGUUUGGAUAAUCCCAUUCCCCAGAGAUAAUCUCAUUUUGCAGUUGGGUGUGCAUUCCCCAAGGUGGGACUUGCUGGGUUGGAUGGGGCCAGAACUUCCAGAAUGGAUGCCUUGUAGGAGGGUGGACAGGGGUCUGUGGGGUAGAGUUGGGAGUUCUGGUGGCUCCCUGGCUUAGCUCUACAGCCCUGGCUCCAGUCAGGCAUGUGCUGCCAGUGGCUUGAAAGACUAGGGUAUCUCAAUGCUGUGCCAGCCAGUCUGGGUCCUGGGCCUCCCUUCAUUGUGCGGGAUGGGCCUUCUACACUGUGAUAUGAAUGGGGAGGGGAGGAAAAGGAGGGUAGGUGGGUAUUGACCAUUCAUCCCACCAACACAAUCAUAUGUCUGUCUAAUCAGGGUUCUGGGAACAUAUCCCAGAGUCUUUUUAUUAUUUCCACCAUACCUUCUAUGUUCAUGGGAGAGUGAACUGGCCUGUGCCUGCUGAGGUCAGCCUGGCCAGGAUCCACCCAUAGGGGUAACCUGGAGUUGAGGGUUCCUAACCAAGGAGGGAGUUGCUGUGCUGUUUCACCUCUUCCUGACCUUCUCCUAGGUACCCUGAAGGUUCUGUCCUUUGGAGGGGCUAGGUGGUAGCCUUAAAAGAGUACCUGGACAGCAGUAAGAUCCCAGGCCUGCUAUGCCUCUGCCCCAGAUCCUGGGCAUCCUGGAAGCCAGCAUUCUGGCCAGCAAUGGGUCUGGGCUGGAUGUGCUGUCCUUGGGAUUGAUAGGCACACUGCCUGGGCCUGCUGCCAGAGAUUGCUAAGUGCCAACCUGUCCUCCCUCUGCCACCUGUCUGUGACUCCUGCCAGCACAGGGCAUCAGCCCUUGAACUGAGGUUUUCCUGGGAUGGUGGUGAUCCUGGUGCUGUUUCCAGGUCCUUGACACUCCCACAGUUUAUGGCCUUUUCAUGAUAACUGUUUGCUGCUGCUGUGCCUUUUGGAGAGUGGAUAGAGUGGGGAUCUCUGGCCAUCUUCAUUUGGGUAGGGAAGAAAAGAGCAAUGCUUUGUAGACUUAUAUACAGCAGUAUAUAAGUCUAUAUGGGUAUAUAGCAGGGUGUUAUAUAUAUGGGUAAUACAGCAGGAUGGUAUGUGGUCCUCUCUUAGGAGGUGAGGAUAUGUUGUCUCUUGUAGGUAUAGUUGAUGGCCCAGACUGGCAGGCUGAGAGGGCAGCUUUGUGCUUGCUGUGAGCUCUAAACGGGAGGGUCCCCCUCCCCCUGUGAAGAGCAUUUCUGGUGGAGGGUACAGGAAGUUAGCCUUGUCCCUUUCUGCUAGGUGUCACAUCUAACUCAGCCUGGGGUCCUCUCCUUCCCUGACUUGGAAUUCAGUUAAUCAGCCUAACCUGGGUUAGUGAAGUACCUGGCAGGGCCAGGUAGUAGGCACCCAGAGGGCAUUCCUACCCCCAAGGUGCUCAGUUGUCCCAGAGUCCUCUAUUUUGUCAUUUACUCCCUGCAUAGUAUCUAGUAGCUGGCCUGAACUCUGCUACAGACAGAUUCAUCUGGUGAGUGAAUGUUGGCAGGGCUCUGGCUGAUCCCAGAUAUGAGGAAAGCCAGGCAAGGAGCAGGUUAAUUGACCCAAAGGUAUCUAGCAGAUUUGAAUGCUAGCCUUGACUUCCUGUUAGUCUUCAGGUCCACUCUUCACCAACCAUUGUUUUGGUGGUCUCCACUCCCUUUCCAAAGCUGUGCUCCGCCCCAUUCCUUUUACAGAGACUUAACAGCUACUUUUGGGUGAGGGGUCCAGCCCUAGUUAUCAUUAAAGAGUUCUUGGCUCCCAGACCUCUGUAUUUUCAGAAUUGGUUCAGCUGCCCUCAGGGCCUUUGGUGGGAUCCUGGGCCAAUCUUAUUCACCUCCUGCCAGUCCCCCUCCCCCCCAGAGGGGAGCUGCAUGGGGAGACAGCUGGUAGCCUGAAGCCUAGCCUCCUGGCUGAGGCCUGCACCCCGGGUCUGGUCACAUUCCUGAGGGACCUGCUGAGCCUCCCUGGCCCUGGGGGUGGCGUGGGGGAAGGGCAGGCAGGGAUGGGCUCCAGACUAUUGCAGGCCCCCUCCCCCACCCCUGGCUCCAUUCCAAGAGAGCCCAGUCUGGCCUGUGGGGUGCAGGGACUCAGAACCUUAGGAUCCCUCUCCUGCGGGACCCAGAGCUCUGAGGGGGAGAGGGAGCCUACUCUUAUCUGACUGCACUGCCAGCAGCUUCUGCAGGAGGCUGGUAUUGAAAGACUGAGCCUAAGGCUGGGACAAUCCCUCAAGCAGUAAAACCUCCUGAGAGGGAAGGCCCUUGUGAUUAGGCUGGGCAGGAAAGGGCUGGGCCCUCUAGGCCUAGAGGGGGCAAGAGCACAUCUGAGAGGGAAGCAGGGGAGCCAGAGCGGUUGAGACUGGUUCUUAUAAAUAGCCCUUGCACAAGUGGCUUCAAUUUUGACCUUUUGUUAUGUAAAUGUGACCAGCCUGGGAAGGACCUUGCCCAAGCCUCCUUGCCAUCUCAUCUGCUUGUCUGAAAUUGUAUCCCUGCCACCAGCAUCCCAGGUCUAGGUGGCCCCUGAGGUAUCCUAAAUCUCCAGGGUAUAUGUGUUGGUGGAUAGAUAGUGCCCACCUGGCUUCUCAGAUCUUGUCUUUUAACUCCUCACUUUCCCUGCCAUUGGGUGUUACUAUAGGGCACCACAGUCCUGCUUGGCUGCACCUGGGUGUUCUAGCCAAAGACAUCCUUCAGACCUUUCUGAAAAUGAAGGAUCCAGGGUCACCAAUUGCCUCUCCUUCAUGAUCCCACUCUUCCCCCCCUUCCCUUGCUGAUGUGUGAGUAACUGUCUGUCUUCUCCCCCAGAUGACCAGGCGUUGAUGUACCCUCAGGAAGUCCACGCGCUCAAGGAGGCCAUCCCUGCUGGCUGCUGCUCACAUGGUUUCUGGGCCCCUGGCACUCCGGUGGUGUGCGUGGGCAGGGCGUGGGGACAUGGGGCCCGACAUGGAGCUGCCCAGCCACUCAAAGCAGCUCCUGCUACAACUGAACCAGCAGAGGACCAAGGGCUUCCUGUGUGAUGUCAUCAUCAUGGUGGAGAACUCAAUUUUCCGGGCCCAUAAGAAUGUUCUGGCUGCCAGUAGCAUCUACUUCAAAUCCCUGGUCCUGCACGAUAACCUCAUCAAUCUGGACACAGACAUGGUCAGCUCCACAGUAUUCCAGCAGAUCCUGGACUUCAUCUACACAGGCAAGCUGCUGCCCAGUGACCAGCCAGCUGAGCCCAACUUCAGCACUCUUCUCACUGCCGCCAGCUACCUCCAGCUGCCUGAGUUGGCAGCCCUCUGCCGCCGCAAACUCAAGCGAGCUGGCAAGCCCUUUGGCUCUGGACGGGUUGGGGCUGCUGGCAUGGGGCGACCAUCCCGUAGCCAGCGGCUAUCCACAGCCUCUGUUAUCCAGGCUCGGUAUCCAGGGCUUGCGGACGGGCGCAAAGGAACCCACGCCCACCAGGAGCUCCCACCAGCCAAAGGCUCAGAUGAUGAGCUUUAUCUCAGUGGCUCCACCCAGGAGAGCACACAUAGCCUGGGCCGGGGGGUCUGCCCAACCAGUGGAGAGGUAGGCCUAGGGGGCUGCAGUAGCAGCACCAAUGGAAGCACUGGGGGCUGUGAACAGGAGCUGGGCCUUGACCUGUCCAAGAAGAGCCCACCCCUGCCCCCCACAACUCCCGUACCCCACCUCACCCCUGAUGAUCCAGCCCAGCUGAGCGACAGUCAGCAGGACUCACCACCUUCGGCCUCUGCCCUUCCCAUUGCCAAUAGUGCCUCUUAUGCUGAGCUGGGAGGCACCCCUGAUGAGUCCAUGGAUCUGGAGGGGGCUGAGGAUAAUCACCUGAGUCUGCUGGAGGGGUCGGGUGGGCAGCCUCGGAAGAGCCUCCGGCAUUCAUCCCGCAAAAAGGAGUGGAGCAAGAAGGAUCCUGUGGCUGGCUCCCCCUUUGAGCGGAGAGAAGCAGGGCCCAAGGGCCCCUGCCCUGGAGAAGAGAGUGAGGGGCUUGGGGAUAGGGUUCCCAAUGGCAUUCUAUCUGGCAGUGUUGGGGGAGGAGGCCCCAGUGGGCCCUAUGGGGAUCCCCCAUACCCUUGCAAGGAAGAGGAGGAAAAUGGGAAGGACGGGAGUGAGGACAGUGGGCAGAGUGGUAGUGAGGGGGGCAGUGGCCACCCUGGCGCCCAUUACAUGUAUCGGCAAGAGGGCUAUGAGACAGUGUCAUAUGGAGACAACCUUUAUGUAUGCAUCCCUUGCGCCAAGGGCUUCCCCAGUUCUGAGCAGCUCAAUGCCCACGUGGAGACACACACCGAGGAGGAGCUGUUCAUCAAGGAGGAAGGGGCCUAUGAAACUGGCAGCGGGGGUGCUGAGGAGGAGGCAGAGGACCUGUCGGCGCCCAGUGCAGCCUAUGCUGCUGAGCCCCGGCCCUUCAAGUGCUCUGUCUGCGAGAAGACUUACAAAGACCCGGCUACUCUAAGGCAGCAUGAGAAGACACACUGGCUGACGCGGCCCUUCCCUUGCAACAUCUGUGGCAAGAUGUUCACACAGCGUGGCACCAUGACCCGCCACAUGCGAAGCCACCUGGGCCUGAAGCCCUUUGCCUGUGACGAAUGUGGCAUGCGUUUUACCCGCCAGUACCGCCUCACUGAGCACAUGCGUGUGCACUCAGGUGAGAAGCCAUAUGAGUGCCAGCUCUGUGGGGGCAAGUUUACCCAGCAGCGUAACCUCAUCAGCCACUUGCGCAUGCACACCUCCCCCUCCUAGAAGCCAAAGACCCGCGGGCACCCUCUUCAGACUCACCACUUGGGAACCCACGGAAGAAGCCAGGAGGCAAGGCAGGUGGGGCUGGGACCCUGAGGUCCAGUGAGGCUCCUAUCAGCUCCUCUGACCCAGCCUCCCCACACUCAGAGCUUUAAUCUCUAGUCUGUACCAAGGGAAGCCAGAGAAGCCGGCAGGCUUAGCUCCCUAUGUGUGUUGCUGGUGACCAUUCUACCUCCCUGUCCCAUCUAGGUCACCAGCUCCCUGUAAGGGCUUCUGCAGAGCCAUUGGGAGUGGGUCACAUGGGUCUUACUGAGACCUGGUCCCUUUCCUGCAGGUUGGGUUGGAGAAGGGGAAUAAGGGGUCCCUCUCAAUGCUGGUGGGGGACAAGGCUGCCUGUAGCUGGGGUGGUAUCUGGAGGAGGCCCCCCAAGCAGGGACUGGGUAUGUGUGCGUGCACGUGUGCUUGUGUCUGUGUGCAGGCGCUUGUGACCCUGGCUCUGGGGAGCAGGUGCUGGGAGGACGGUUUCUCCUUCCCUCCUUGAGCCAGGGCAGCACUGCUCAUUGGCGCUGGGAUAGUCAGGGUGACCCCACCGCCUACCUCUACAACUAAAGAGCCCUCUGGGCCCAUGUUGCUGUUAUUCCUACUGAUCUGUUCCUUUUUUUUUUUUUUUUUUCAAUUUUGAAUUCUGUUUUUUAAACCAAAACAAACAAUAGUUUAUUUUCUUCCUGCCCCUUUGGGGCUGAGCCUGGGUCUGCAGACUGAAUGUAAUUGGGGCAGCUGCUCCUCCCCAUUGUCCUCCCCUAGCCCUGGUGGGCACUGUGGAACACACCAGUGAGCCCACCUCUUCAGGCCCCAGAGCCCUUUUUGCCUAAAGGCUUCCCUGGUCUCCAGUACUAUCUGGGCCGCCUCAGGAGUACUUGCAUUUCCUAUAGUUUCUGAGGAAUAUUCUUUGUCUAGAGGUACUUGUUUUUUGUUAAGAGACACCCCCGUGUAACGUUUAUGGGACUGUUGGAACUGGAAGAUUCAUGGGGUGGGGGGAGGCUAGACUCGCUGCCAGGGCUGUCGGUACUCUCAUUUUUCAUUUCUGUGUGUGUGGGUAAGUGUAUGGUGUGUGCAGUGUGUAUGGACAGAUGUUUCACUUUCUUUCCUCACUGAACAAGGUGGAGAGACUUCUGACCUUUUGCUACCUCUUGAAUUCAUGACAACAGUAUGUUGAGGCAGUUGAGGCCCGAUGCUUUUGUUUUCCUCUGGUGAAGUGAGUUGGGCUCGGGCUGGCCCGAGCGUCCCUCCUGGGCCUCAAUGUUCUCUGAGGGGGCACCUGCUGCUCACUGGGCCUAGGUGAGAAAUAUGAACUGCUCACAAGGGGCAGGUACCCCAAGCCUCCUGAGCAGCACAGGAGCUUAGAGGAGGAAGCAUCUCUGGGCAGUUCCUGGCAGGGCCAGGAUGAGGCGGAAGUGAGCCCCCACCCAUCCUGUGCCCUAGCUUUGAGCUUGGGAGAGCAGUAGCCCCCUGCUUACCCAGUGAGGUGCAAGGAAGAGCUGACCAAAGCACUGGGGAACAGGAUUAGCACUUCUCAGGCAGUCAUGGCCCCCAGUGCGAGAGGCUUGCCAUCACCCAUGGGCUCAGCCCUUUCUGGAGUCCCACCCUUUGCUCCUCAACACAGACUUCUCAGCCAACCUCAAACACUUCCAUGGGCCAAGCCAGGCUCAAGGCCAGACCAAGGUCACCAUGCUCUGUCCUAUGUCCUAGGCUAACUGGAGUCAGAGCUGGGCCAGCAGGCUUUAUAUUCAUUUUGCUUCAUGAAUUUCUUGUCAGUUUUCUUUUGAUUUUAAGUUUAGACCAAAUAACUUCAGAGUCAUCCCUUACCCCACUUCUCUAGAGACCCUCCAGCUGAAAACAGCCUGAGUUCAGGGACCCAGUGGUGAACAGUGUAUUCUUGGGAGUGAGGGAGCUCUAGCCACAUUAGGGCUCCUGGCUGAGUCUUCCAUGUGGUGCCUCCAGCCCUGAGCUUUUUCCUCUUCUCUUUGGGUGGGAGACAGAGAAUUGGGCCCUAGGUUUUAGUUUCAGCAAGUCAGGCUGAGCACCUGAGUGGAGGAGACCCCUGGGCUCCAGCUCACCCAGGGAGGGAGUGGGGCCAUAUAAGACUCCCUGUUCUUUUACCCCACCCCCAACUCUCAGCACUUAAGCCACACGACACAAAGUCUGUACCGCCUGGGAAUUGUGCACGACCCUGGCCUCAUGCAUGGCCUCUUGGGCCAUGGGCAGCUGCAUCUGUGAGGUGACUCGAAAGUAGGUGAUUCCUCUGCAGAACUUCAGGGACUGGGAGCAAAGCCCCCUCACUCAACGAUGUCUUUGCGACAUAGUAUUGUACCCACCUUAGUAUUGUAUCAAGCCUUUUCUGUAUUUUAAUGAGAAAGCAAAACACUAGUUUCCUAUUUAAGAUUUUAAGGGUUUGUGGGGCGGGAUGGGGUUGACACAACACUUAGUUUUGUUUUCUUUUCCUUUGAUUCCAUGUUGGGUGCGUGCUUGUGUGUGUGUAUGUAUGGAGAUGUUAAGAGCCUCACAAGGAAAUUAGGCCGUAGGAGGCCAAGGCGGCUUACAGUUCUCUGCUUUAGUCACUUAAUUCCUGAAUGUUUCGGAGAAACAGGAAACAGAAAAUAGCAGAUGUCAAUGUCCUGUAGGAAAGAAGAAAAAAAAGAAAAAAAGAAAAAAAAAAAAAGGAAAGCUCAUACCCAAAUUCACAAAACCUAUUUUUUAAACCAAAGCACAUUUUGAAUGAGUAUGGAACCUCAAUGGGCUCAGAAAAAAAAAAAGAUGCUAAUAUAUUUAUCUCAUUGUUUACAUAAACUUUUACAGUUUCAGACCUCAACAGCUGUAAGGCCAGUCCCAGGGAAUCCUCAUCUUUUGCUGGGGGUCCUUCUGAGUUAGCCCUGGAAUGGCUCAUGGGCAGAGAAGGGCUGGAGAAGGGGCUGGAAGCCUCUGUGGGAUCCACCUGAGCCUUCAUCCUCAUCCCUGGGGGCUCUCCAAGCCCAGCUGGCACCAAAGAGCUUAGGCCAGUGCUGAUCAGCUCCUGAGGCCUCCUGGCCAGCAGCAGGUGGCAAUCAGCUCUGGUGACAGGACCUAAGUCUGGGUUUGGGCCCCAGGGUGGAGGUGAGCUCCCCCUCCUAUUCUGCCAGUGAUACUCAGCGGGUGAAUUGAUGUGAAGGUUUCACUCAAGCCAAAAAAGCAGAGACCUUUGCACAGCUCAGUUGACUCCACUGGGCUUCCACCCCCCCACCCCAUGCAGGGGAAGAGGCUUACUGAGCCUGAUCCUUACAACACAGACGGUGCAAACACUCUUAACAGUGUUGUUUUUGUAUCAAUAUGUUUGUGCAGUGAUGAAUGUAUUUAUUUCUCAGACUUGGGGUGAAUGGGCAAGUGGCAGGCCGGGCUCUGCCACUGCUCAAUCCCACUGGACCGAGCCACAGCAAGGGCUCCUUCAGGAUUGCAAAAAAGGAAAAAAGAAGUGAUGAACCUUUAAGCAAAUAAGAAUCUCAGAGACUUGCAGCAUAGCCAUACACCUCAGCCUGUGAAAUGAGCACUCUGGACCCAGAUUAACUCCCGAUUUCAUACAGCCGGGGGUGUGUUUCCUGUCCGACACCACUGGGGGGCAGUGGGCCAUUUGCCUGAUGCCCCCAAACUGUCAGUAUUCACUGGACUUCAGGCCCCUGUGCAGGAGUGCGAUCUGGCUGGGUUUGCAGGCAGGCAGACCCCUGCCCCCUCCUGUGGCCAGCCUGAUUGAUGAUGGGAGUGGAGGGGAGCUGGCCUGGGCAUCCAGAAGGGCAGGGCUCAGGGAACACUUGCUGCAUCCGUCCUGCCCCCAGAUUUGGGGGACAAAAGUUAUAAGCACCAGGCCUGAGAAUAACAGGGGUGCUCAGCCCUGCCAUGCCCUACUGAAGGGACCAAGGUUGUCCUGUUCCCCAGAGUCACAUUGGGGCCAUUGUUAUUGAACCUGUGAAUUGGAUGCCAGGAAUGAGGGAAUGGAGAGGGACCUAACCAGAGCCUCAAUCUGACAUUCCAAACUGGGUAUGGUAGGAGCUGUGGGAAUUGAGGCUGCCCAGGACCCCCCCUUCCUAGGAUGCCCCCAGCUUCAGUCACCCCAGUUUAAUUUUCUACCAGGAACCCCUCCCCCUACCUCACCUUGCUAUUUAUUGCUGUAAUUUAUUGACCUCAAGAAUGCUGCAUAACAGACCUCACUUGGGGGCAGGGAGGAUCCCCAGGGCUCCCCCCCCCUCCACUUGGUGGGGCCCUGUGGGGCCAGGUGCUGAGGGGAUCCUCUCUACCCCACCCAUCAUUUGCUUCCCCCCAGGGUCCCCAGGUUGGGCUCUGGCCCAUUCACAAAUACCUCGAGGGGAGGGGAAGAGAUGGGGUUAUAGCUGUUUUAAUUGGAACCGGAAGAGGGAUCAUGUCCUAGUUUAUACCCUUCCCAGAGAGGGGGAGGGACACCGGGAUCGCACUCCUGUACUGGCCACCGCCGUUGUCACUCAUCAUUGAGUUCACUUCUCUCUAGAGUUUGGAUAAAUUCAGGUCAGUGCUGCAGGUAUGCAGCCCUCCAGUGUCAUAGAAAAGCGAUUCGCCGAUGACUGAUCUCUCCAGAAGCGUGCAGUCUUAAUGUACAGUGAUGAGAAACUGUUAUUUUAUGAUCUUUUCAUUAAAAGCUUGAUUGAAAAUUA